GGUCGUUGACCUUUAAACUUUGAUAUGGAAGCCAGUUGAUUCAGGGCUGGAUCAGUACGUGUUUCAAAGUCUAAGUUUGCGGCUUAAACAGGUGUGAUCACAGGCCUCCAAGAAGCAUGUUUCAAGAUGCCUGCAUCGUGAGUGUCAGUUGUGGUGGAAGCAACAAGGCUGGUUCAGCUGACAACCUUGGCAACGUCACAGGACACAGCUGUAGUGGUGUAAUUGUGAACAGACACAGAGGUGUAGUCUUGUCUCACGGCAUAGCCUUCAGCCCUUACAUGCCUGAUGGGUUCACUUCUCACCAAGUAAGGCAGCAGGGCUGGUACAGGCCUCAAAAUACAGACAGAUUUCACAUAGAAGUCAUAGUCAGGUCUACAUCGGGUAUCGUCCAACCUGAAGCUAGUAGACAAUACCAGCCACGCAUUCAGCAACCCAUUCCUGCAGCAGCUUUGGCUGGAGGAAAGCUAGCACCCCAUUUGGAAUCACCACCAGAGAGGAAGUGUUCAGCAGAUUUGCUGCUACUGUGGAGGUGCACUGACUUUGACGAUGCUGUGAGAAAGUUGAUGCCGAAGUACGACGGUUGGCACUUUGACGAACCUCCAAACAAUCCAGCCGAUAACCGUAGAGACACUUCGCAACAGAUUGAGACAGUCCAAUCCCGUGUCAAGACCGACUUGCUGGCAGAGGUCUCCCUGUCUUGGUUUGCUCUUCUUCAACUUGAAGACUCUGGAAGAGGUGCUGAAACCUCGGUGGUUGUUACAGGGGAACAGGCUAGGAUAGGUUCGCCUGUCGUGGCAGUUGGAACGCCGUUUGGUGUUCUGUGUCCGUCCGUGUUUAUGAACAGCCUGGUGAGGGGGAUCGUCUGUAACACCGCGGGGAAGGAUGGAGCGCUGAUCCUCACAGAUGCACGAUGUCUGCCUGGUACCGAGGGUGGCCCACUGCUCACCGCUGAUAGGGAUGGAAAAUGGCUGUUGCUUGGUCUGGUGGCUGCACCCCUCUGCUGGAAGGCGAAUGAGUGGAUAGGACUGUCCUUAGUCUGCUCCUUCCGUGGUGCUCUGGACUCCUUGUCCCGUGUCAUGCCCUGGCCUCUCCUCACAGCUGCCACAGUCCCACACAGCAGCCCAGAAUCACCGCAUCCAGCUCUGUCACAAGUGGAGAAGUCUGUAGUGAUGGUAGAAGCUGGGGACAUGUGGGGGUCGGGGGUUAUUGUGCAUGUGGAUCAAUCUAAAGUGUAUCUUCUGACAUGCCGGCAUGUGGUCGGGCCCUCCUCUAGAGUGAAUGUUGUACCGCAUCAUGCACAUAAAGUCAGGGUGACAGGAUGUGUUGUUUAUGCCACUCCCUCAGAGUCAGUCUAUGAUUUAGCAGUAGUGGAGUUCCCUAACCCAGGGGUAGAACUUGUCCCAGUGAGAGAUACAAGGAGGUACAACCAAGGAGAACAGUGUUUUGCAGUUGGUUACGCCCUUUUUGGUCAAAACCAACAGCUGAAACCAACGGUGACUGCUGGAGUGCUGUCUAAUGUGGUUACCUGGGAAGGUAAUCCCAUCAUGAUCCAGUCCACAUGUGCAGUGCAUGCUGGGGUUAGUGGGGGUGCCCUUUUUGACCAGCAGGGACAACUGAUGGGGAUUGUAGUGAGCAAUGCAAAGGAUGUACAACUCAAAGCGUGUUAUCCACACCUAAACUUCAUCAUUCCUUCAACAUCUUUUGCAAAACCAUUGAAGAGCUUGAAUGUGCAAAAUGGGUUUGAAAAGCAAGGAUUUGACCCCAUCAACUGCUGUGGAGUCACAACCAGACCAGGACAUGAAAAAGGGGAGCUGCUGUCUGCCAGCCACGGAUUUAGUGUCACCAUCGUUGUCAUGGUGAAGAGUUCAUCGCCUGCUUCACCUGUCAAUCAAAGUGGGACCUACCAACUCUGUACGAGCAGCGGGGUUGGAAAUACUUCAGUACAGUCCGUACAGAACGAGGAGGGAGAACUGGAAUGGAGUAAGAGUCUGAGGGGAGUUCUCUUGGGAGCGUACUAUUAUGGCUACAUCAUCACCCAGGUAGUAGGAGGUGUGUUGGAGCAGAAGUUGGGCGGCAAACUCGUGUACGGGACAGGCUUGUUAGCGACAGCUGGCCUGAACAGUCUUGGUCCCGUGGCUUCCAGGGCCAGCCCUUGGGCGAUGUUUGCUGUCAGAUUCAUGAUGGGUCUGUUUUCAGGAGUUUUGCAUCCCGCCAUGUAUGGAGUCUGGGGUCGCUGGGCUCCUCCCACCGAAAGGUCAAAACUUCUGGCCCUUUGUGCCAUAGGGUUGCCCACUGGUAGCAUGAUCAACUACCCGCUGGCAUCCUUCCUAGCUGCUGAGUUGGGCUGGGAGACUAUCUUCUAUGUCCCUGGAGUUUUUAUAACAUUCUGGCUGGUGGCAUGGCUCCUCCUGGCUUAUGACUCGCCUGCAAAACAUCCACGAAUCCUGGAGGAAGAGCAGAAGUACAUCGAAGACAGUAUCGGGGAUAACGUACCACAGAAACCACGAGUUCCAUGGCUGAAAGUAUUCUCGUCAGUUCCGGUCUGGGCUCUCAUUAUUGGACAACUUGCUUCAGAUUGGUCCAAAUACUUUUUGCUGACACAACUGCCAAACUACAUGAAGAAUGUGCUGGGGUUCAACAUCAAAACGAACGGCUUAUUGUCUGCUCUUCCAUACUUUCUUGCCAUGAUCUCCAUGUUGGCGUCAAGCAUUGCAGCUGACCGCUUGAUUGAAGGCGGGAAAUUCCCAAAGGUGUGGAUAAGAAGAGGAUUUGCUGUUACAGGAUUUUCCGGCAUGGUAAUCUGUGGAGUGAUCCUGGCGAACCUGAGCGGAUGUAACCCUGUCGCUGCUGUUGCACUGCUGUGUCUCUCCGAGGCCUUCAACGGUCUGACGACAGCAGGCAUGCGGGUGGUCCAUGUUGAAUUUGCGCCCAGGUUUAGCGGUGUGACCUUCGCACUGGCCAACACGGCAGGGAAUCUUCCAGGGAUCUUUGCUCCUCUGUUGGUCGGCUUCAUAACAGAGAAUGAUCCAACUCUUGCUGCCUGGACAAAAAUCUUCUACAUAGGAGCAGCUAUUCAGGGAGUGGGAGGGAUUUUCACAGUGGUGUUCAUGAGCACCGACGUCCAGCCAUGGGCUCGGAAAGAGGGCGACCAAGAACCCAACAUCACUGAAAAGGUGACAGAGCUGGCUCAUUCCAAAGACCUCAUCAUUACUAAUGAACAUGCUCAGCCUGAUAUAUCAACACAGAAUAUCAACAUGUUCAUCACAAAGUUAUAGAUAAUUUGAUCCCUUCUGUGAACAUUUGGUCAAAAAGUUUCUUUGCUGUAACAGUUUUACUUUUUGCUUUAGUCAGAAAGGUAUGUAAUCGGUAGAUUCUGGUGGAGCAGCUGUGGCGUGUCCCUGUAUUAAGGACAACGUCAUAACUCGAGUAUUUGUGGAUGGAUUUUUUAAAUUUCAGCAUGUCGG